GGUUCCGCUGAGGCGUGGUAGGAAGUGGCAGCCGUCAAUCACGCGGGGAGACUCCAAACAGUGAGCCUUGAGCUGGAGAACAGCGUUUACCGGCGGGGCGGCCGGUUUUAUGAAUGAAGCUAUGGCUACAGAUUCCCCUAGAAGACCCAGUCGUUGUACUGGUGGAGUUGUGGUUCGCCCCCAAGCUGUCACAGAGCAGUCUUACAUGGAAAGUGUUGUGACUUUUCUACAGGAUGUUGUGCCACAGGCUUACAGUGGAACACCUCUAACAGAAGAAAAGGAGAAAAUAGUCUGGGUCAGAUUUGAAAAUGCAGAUUUAAAUGAUACAUCAAGAAAUCUGGAAUUUCAUGAAAUACAUAGCACUGGGAAUGAACCGCCUUUGCUGAUUAUGAUUGGGUACAGUGAUGGAAUGCAGGUCUGGAGCAUCCCUAUCAGUGGGGAAGCACAGGAGCUCUUCUCUGUACGGCAUGGCCCAAUUAGAGCAGCUAGAAUCUUGCCUGCUCCACAUUUUGGUGCUCAAAAAUGUGAUAACUUUGCUGAAAAAAGACCCCUCCUUGGUGUUUGUAAGAGCAUUGGAUCUUCUGGGUAAGGAAAUUU